UAGUGUAAAAUGGCGACCGCGAUGUAUUUUAUGUGAACGAAUGUGCUUGGAAUAGUGCGUGUAAAGUGAACAUUGUUCGAAAACCGAGACUGUUUUAACGUUUAUAGUUUCAUUGAAAUGCCAACAUGCAGAAUGUUCCGCAAGAAUCCUCAACAGAUAAUCCGAAAAUAGAUAAAGUGAAUGUUCACCACGAUAUAGGGAACACAUCGUCUACUCCCCAAUCGACGUCCAAUUCGAGUCCUGCAAAAUCCGAAACGGAAACGUACUCAGAACAUCGCAGAUAUAUGUCAGAAACAUCGGAAAGUGAAGAAGACAGUGUCUCAGAGGCACUGCAAUUAAUUAAUGCAAUUGGCAUUAUGCACACCGCCCUCUACGAUGGGGUGGAGUCAUUUAUGAUUGAUCAGGAGUUCGAGGACGACCCCCAUGUAGAGUCCAACAACAAGUACCUUCUCAACCCCGAAGAAGAAAGGGCCGUCGACCCCGAGACUCAGGCCAGGCUCGAACAGCUCCUCCAAGCAGCAGGGUCACGGUUUCAAUACUCGGGCAUAGGACAGUUGGCACCAAAAGAUGGUAAGCAUCUAGGGAACCCAGAGGUCCUCCGUCGACUGACAUCAAGUGUUUCCUGUGCCCUAGACGAGGCAGCCGCCGCCCUCACCCGCAUGCGUACCGACAACCCCACCAACCGAGGCAGCAGUUCCGCCAACAACCAGCAGCAGCCCGAGAAGAUCUCGCUGGUGGAGGCCUGCACGGACGGCGAUGUGGGCACCGUCCGCAAGCUGCUGACGGAGGGACGAUCCGUGCACGAGACUUCGGAGGAGGGAGAGAGUCUGCUGUCGCUGGCGUGCAGCGCCGGAUACUUCGAACUCGCCCAGGUUCUUUUGGCAAUGCAUGCUAAUGUGGAAGACCGAGGCAUUAAGGGAGAAUGUACUCCUUUAAUGGAAGCAGCUUCUGCAGGACACCUUGAUAUAGUCAGGCUGCUAGUAGCCCAUGGGGCUGACGUAAAUGCCCAAUCCACAUCAGGUAACACGCCCCUAAUGUACGGCUGUGCGGGCGGCCACACCGAGGUGGUGAAGUUCCUCCUGGAGAACGGCGCCAACGUGGAGGACCACAACGAGAACGGCCACACCCCCCUCAUGGAGGCGGCGAGCGCGGGCCACGUCGGCCUCGCCAAGAUCCUCCUGAUGCACGGCGCCGGCAUCAACACCCAUUCCAACGAGUUCAAAGAGUCCGCCCUCACGCUGGCCUGCUACAAGGGCCACCUGGACAUGGUCCGGUUCCUGCUGGAAGCCGGCGCCGACCAGGAGCAUAAAACGGACGAGAUGCACACGGCGCUGAUGGAGGCCUCCAUGGACGGCCACGUCGAGGUGGCCAGGCUCCUCCUGGAUUCCGGGGCGCAGGUCAACAUGCCCACGGAUAGUUUCGAGUCGCCGCUAACGUUGGCGGCGUGCGGCGGACACGUCGAUCUCGCCAUGCUGCUGAUAGAGAGGGGCGCCAAUAUCGAGGAAGUUAACGACGAGGGGUACACGCCGCUCAUGGAGGCGGCGAGGGAGGGGCACGAGGAGAUGGUGCAUCUCUUGUUGGGGCAGGCUCAUUCGACAGGUGCGAACAUCAAUGCUCAAACGGACGAAACUCAGGAGACAGCCCUCACCUUGGCCUGUUGCGGGGGUUUCACUGAAGUAGCCGACAUACUACUCAAGGGAGGCGCCGACAUUGAACUCGGCGCCUCGACCCCCCUCAUGGAGGCCGCCCAGGAGGGCCACCUAGACCUCGUACGUUUCCUCCUCGAGAACGGGGCCAACGUCCACGCCCAAACGCAAACGGGAGACACCGCCCUCACCUACGCCUGCGAGAACGGGCACACCGACGUCGCGGACCUCCUCCUGCAGUACGGCGCCGACCUGGAGCACGAGUCCGAAGGUGGCCGUACGCCCCUCAUGAAAGCCUGCAGGGCGGGGCACAUGUGCACCGUUCAGUUCCUCAUCUCCAAGGGGGCCAACGUCAGGCGUCAGACUACCAAUAACGACCACACUCCUCUCUCUCUGGCUUGCGCCGGGGGCCAUCUGCCCGUCGUGGAGUUGUUGCUGAGCCACAAUGCCGAUCCCAAUCACAAGUUGAAAGACAACUCUACGAUGCUGAUCGAGGCGGCCAAAGGGGGCCACACUAACGUCGUGCAGCUGUUGUUGGAUUACCCGCACUCCAUGCAGCCCAUGAUGCUGAACCAGCACCAACAAGGGGCUACGACGGCUACCAAUUUGUCUAUGCUUCCGGGGCAGGUUGGUAGCCGAGACUCACCCCUGCCCCCUGGAACCAUGCCCCCCAACUUGCCCCCGCAACCCGUCAACUUCUUUCAGCCGCCUUCAGCUGUCCUGCAAGAAGUGUCCGACGCGGUGCGUAUCGUCCAGCCGGAGGACCCCGCCAGCCCCUCGAUAGACGUCAACUCGAAGCAGCAAGUCCAAGCGCAAGCGAACCGAACCCCCGAGCAACAGAAAAUCUCGAGCAGCAGGAAAUCCAUCCUGCCGAAGAGCAGGUCGGCGGGGGCCGUCUUCGACGGCAACCUCACCUCGGCCGAGGCGCAGCAGGUGCGGACGCAGCCCCUCAACGAUUUCGACGAGGAGGUGUUCUCCGCCAACGCCGCCAUGGAUUUUCUCAACAACAAGGACGAAUCUAACAGUACCUUAAUAGAUUUCAUUAAGAACCGCAAGAAACAGUAUAACAGUUCCGACGAGGGCACCACUCAGAAGCAGCAGAUUCUGGAGGAGCUGCACCGCGUUGAACGUGAACUUCACGGGAAAACUCAGGCCCAUAAUCACGUAUUUCAGUAUGCCAUUUCUCAAGAGCAGUGCCCCUCCACGGCCAGUACCGCACUGCCGCACAUGCUGAACAUCGACAUCGCAAUGCAACAACAGAAACAAGGGCUGGGUACAGGCAUGCUGUCGGGUGGUACAAUCUUUCCCGGACAAAAUCUACAAGUCCACAAUGCUUUCUACACAGGAGGCACGACCUGUCUACAGUCGCCCGCGACCAAACUAACGGUAACGGGGGACGCGACUACGGCUUACGCCCAACAGAGCCAAACGCAACAGCCGGCUUUCUAUUUCGCCCCCCUGCCGACGUCCGUCGCCGUGUCUCUGUCCACUGCCACCAAUAACGCUGCACCGACGGUAACCUCGGUGAAUUCCGUCACCACGAACCAGCCCAUCAAGUUUCAAAGCGUUACCUCCCAUGCUGAAGUCAGUCAGAAUACAGCAAUAAGUGAUCGUCCCAAAGCAAAGCCAGUAUCGAAGAAAGAGGGCAAGAACAUCAGGAAGCAACAGCAGCAGCAAGCGACCCAACAGCAACUCCAACCUCAGACGCAGGCUUUCCAACCGAACCUGUACGGCCAGCAACCGACUCAAGUCUUCGGACAGCUACAGUUGCAGCAGUCCCAACAGUUGCAGGUGCAACCGCAACAGUUCCAACAAACGGAUAACAAAACUAUCACCCAGGAAAUUCUGAACAUGCCAGAUAUCUGUUUAGGUUUGGACAUUGACUCUCUAGAUCAGAAUCAGCUGGUUCUGAAGGAGGAAAAUAACCAGGAGAACAUUUUGACAGCUUCAAUUUUGCAGCAGUUUCACAAUACAUCCAUCCCUUCCAUAAGGGCCACCUUUGUGGGAUCCCCGCAAAAGACAAGACUAGAACUGUACGAUCAUACUCAAGACGGUAACAAGGUUACCAAGUUGGAACUCACCGAAAAAGACUUCUCUUCCGUGGAUGACGUUGUCCAAACCCUUGAGUCCUUCAACACCACCGAUGUCAGCGAGCAGAGCCUCUCUCAACACAACCUACAGGUUCAGCCGUACCCCAGUGCAUUGGACGAGUCAAUGAUAGCCUCCCUGACUGCGCAGCAAGACCUUCCCGCACAAACCGACCUGUCCAGGGUGGAGUACUUUGCGGUGCCGGCCAACGGCGCCCAGGUUCCGGUACACGCCCUCUACCCCUACGAAUACCUGGGGGCCGGCUUGCAGAAGGAUCAGCUUUUCCAGGCCGGGUUCCAGGCGGGCUACAGCCUCAUGCAGCAGCAACUAGCAUGUCCGAAUGCAAGCUCUAGCGACACUCUAACCACCACUACCGUCGUGCCGACCACAGUCGGCGCCGUGCCGGGAACGUCGACUCAACAAUACAUAACGCCCCAGCAGCAACCCGUCUGCACGCCCGUGCAGGCCCCCUGCAGUCACGUGGCUAGCGCAGCGCCGGUCCAACAGUCGCACCACUGCCAGCUGCCCUGCACGCAGCACCAGCAACUGCCCCAGACCCACCUGCAGCAACAGCAGCAGCAGCAACAACAACAGGCGACCCACCAGGUGCAGGCGGCCACUCAGACCCCGCAGACCACGCAGACGGUCGGCAACGACGCCAAGAAGGUCGUGAAGACGAACGGGGACGGCAUCAAGUUCAAGAAGGGCAGGGUGCUGCGGCACCAGAACCAGGCGCAGCAGGGCAAUAACUUCCAGCAGAACCAGAACUACCAGAUCGAUCAUAAUUCCGCAAUCACCCAGUACAGCGGCGCCAACCAACAGCAAUGCGCGAACACCGUCAUUUCCCCGUGCAUGGACGUAGAUUCCGAAACGGAGAGCAACCACGAUACCGCCCUCACUUUAGCCUGCGCUGGCGGCCACGAGGAACUCGUCGAACUGCUCAUAAGCCGGGGCGCCGACAUAGAGCAUCGCGACAAGAAGGGUUUCACCCCCCUCAUCCUAGCGGCCACUGCUGGCCACGAGAAAGUCGUCGAGAUCCUACUGAACCACAACGCAGACAUCGAGGCGCAAUCUGAGAGAACAAAAGACACUCCCCUCAGCCUGGCCUGUUCCGGGGGCAGGUAUGAGGUUGUCGAGCUCCUGCUGAACCGUAACGCCAACAAGGAACACAGGAACGUGUCCGACUACACUCCCUUAAGCCUGGCCGCUUCUGGUGGUUACGUGAACAUCAUCAAGCUACUUCUCAGUCACGGGGCGGAGAUUAAUUCCCGUACCGGAUCCAAGCUGGGCAUAUCGCCGCUUAUGUUGGCGGCGAUGAACGGGCAUACUGCCGCGGUCAAGCUGCUCUUGGAUAUGGGCAGCGACAUUAACGCCCAGAUCGAGACUAAUAGGAAUACAGCGCUUACUCUGGCCUGCUUUCAAGGGAGGCAUGAGGUUGUUAGUCUUCUUCUUGAUAGGAAGGCCAAUGUGGAGCACCGAGCAAAGACUGGACUCACGCCGCUCAUGGAAGCCGCCAGCGGCGGUUACGUAGAUGUGGGACGGGUCCUCCUUGACAAAGGCGCCGACGUCAACGCCACCCCUGUUCCUUCUUCCCGAGACACGGCACUCACUAUAGCCGCCGACAAAGGUCACGUCAGGUUCGUUGAACUCCUGCUCUGCCGUGGCGCCCAGGUUGAGGUUAAGAACAAGAAAGGCAACUCCCCGCUGUGGCUGGCCGCCAACGGAGGCCACCUGCCCGUCGUCGAACUCCUGUACAACGUUAACGCCGACAUAGAUUCCCAGGACAACCGCAAGGUGUCCUGUCUGAUGGCCGCCUUCAGAAAGGGCCACGUCAAGGUGGUGAAGUGGAUGGUGCACCACGUCACGCAGUUCCCCAGCGACCAGGAGAUGAUGAGGUAUAAUUCCACGGUGAGCGAUAAGGAGCUGCUGGAGAAGUGCCACGAGUGCGUAAAGAUCAUCCGCGCGGCGAAGGAGACUCAGGCGGCCAAGGCGAACAAGAACGCCUCGAUACUGCUGGAGGAGCUCGAAUCGGAGAAGACGCGGGAGGAGUCCAAGAGAUUGGCAGCGGCCAGGCGGCGGGAGAGAAAGAAGAAGAAGAAGCUGGAAAAGAAGGAGGAAAGGAGAAAGUUGUUGGAGGAGAACAAGAAGAACGAGAACUACGACGAGAAGCAGGAUAAGAAGCAGCAAAGCAUAGAGGAGGAGAAACCUGAGGAGGACGAAAAUGUCCCGGAACCCAACCCUUCGAUCCGAAACGGCGACUCGAACGACAAAGAAGAAGGGGACAGCGGAAUAGACGCCAACAGUCAAGGCAGUUGCUCCAGCGCCGACCUCAAGUCCAAAGAGAAGCGCAAAGAAAAGAAGAAGAAGAAAUCCAACAAUCCCUCAAAGAACGGCGAGCCCCACAACCGCUCGAAGGCCGGCUCGAGCAAGGCGAAUGACCUACAAGAGUCCCCCGACAAGGGCGGCAAGAACAUGGACGGCAAGAGCGGCAAGCAGUGCUCGAUGAACAUAAGGAAGGGCCUCGUGUUUGAGGCGACAAAGUCCCCGGCGGAACGCGACGAUUUCGAAGCUACAGGCAGCGACGUUUACGUUUCCUCUAGCGGUAAGAAGUCCAAGCAGAGUUAUGACGAUCCGCCCCCUCAGCAGUCGAAGAGUUCCACCAGCCCAAAGCAGUCUAAUAAGAGGGAGGAGGGAUGGAAGGAGGUGGUCAGGAAGUCCUCCGUUCAGACCGUUUCUUCCUCGGAAUCUGGCGUUAAGAAGGUUUCCGUGCCGUCGAAUGCCAUUUCGCGGGUGAUCGGUAGAGGUGGUAGCAACAUUAAUGCCAUCAGGGGCGCCACUGGGGCCCAUAUAGAAGUUGAGAAGCAGAGUAAGGGGCAAGGAGAGAGAAUCAUCACUAUCAAGGGGUCAUCCGAGGCUACCAAACAGGCACACAGUCUCAUAGCGACACUGAUUAAAGACCCAGACGUGGACAUCUUGUCGAUGUUGCCAAAAACAAAUAAAAUCACGGCUUCGUCAACUACCCUGUGGGACAAGACACAGAUAGGAACUAAGAAAAACGCCGGAAAAAUCGUAAUGGCCACCCAGUCCACGGCCUUCUCAUCAAACUCGCACCAAAAAGUAAUCCAAACCGUCGCUCCAUCCAUAACGCAAGCCAGUCGUUUUUCCACAACUUCGACGGUGAAACUCCGCGGAACUCUCCCCGCGGCGACCGCCAGGGUAACCGCCCCGAGAUUAGUCGCCCAAGCGGAAAAGAACGCAGCCGCUCAGGCUCAGUCCAACAUAAUACGCAUGCCCAUUUCCCACGCCUCUUCCACGUCAAGUAGACCCGCUGCCACCACCAAAGUAAUUACUUCGUCGGUAAACCAGACGUUUGCCGCCAAACUGACGGAAACCUCCACCACCCAGUUGAUCAUAAACGCAAACCACGGCAUAACUUCUAAGCCUAGAUCGUUGGGAUUGCCACAGUCCUCGGCCGGACCGAUUUCCCCCCAAGCGCCGUCUCACUCCGUUAGCAACACUCAGUCGUCGCCCAACAGAAACGCCCGCCCCGCUCCCACCGCUUCAGCCCCACCCACCAUGGGACACCUGCCGAUCUUUGGCAACGCACCGCAACCGCAUUCCGGCCAAGGAAACAACGCCAUACCUGGCUCGGACAACACGGGUAGCAUAAGGAGCUCCACGCCUAAUCUGAUUCAGAGCAGCGCAGUUCAACAAACCGUGGUCCAAGAAGAAUCGGCCAACGUUCAGACCCCUUCAGAGUAUUCCCUAUUCAAUAACGCGGAUCACUGGAACAGGCGGGAGCAGGAGUAUCAGAAGCCCGUUAAUUUCGCCGCCGUUACCGGCGGGGGCAAUUCUCAGUCCAUGGUCCAGCAUAAGUUCAUAGAUCAAGAACCGCCGCCGCAAGUGGACGCUUCUAAGGCGCCGGGAUACAGGGGCGGUGCCGUUUGCUCCCCCGUUUCGUCCAAGACGAGCAGUAACAGCACCACGCCGCCGAAUAUAUCCGUGAACAACACCUACCAGACCUACCAGGAGCAGGGUAAGAGCCAGAAUAACCUGCCGCCGAUCGGCAGCAGCGUCGUACACAACAGGCCGCCGGUAUCGCAGAACAACCCGGACUACUUCGGCGAGCUGUUCAAGACCGGCUCGAGUAACAUUCCCAACAUGCUCAGCUUGAACAACGAGGGGCACCUGUUGCAAUCCUUCAACCAGAUCCAGAACCUGAACUUCUCGCAGCCGCAGCCGCAGGUUAACAUCCAGCAGUCGGCCAGCAUGUCCCGUUUGAACCCCAAGGCGCCGGAGUACUCCAGCUACAGCAUGCAGAACAAGCCCGCCCCGCACAUGUACAACGGCUACCAGAUGAACAACCAGAACAGCAUGUACAUGUCGAAGCAGCAGUGCGGCAUCGACGGCUUCCAUCGUUCCAGCCUCGGGUCCGCCCAGAACCGUCUCUGGAUGCAGAUGCAGCAGCCGUCGUUCUCGCAGCAGUCGGAGCAGCUGAUCACCGGCAUAGCCGGCAUGACGAUCCACAACAUCGCCAAGUUCACCGGGAACGAGGUGUUGGAGAACGGCGGCGAACUGGGGAUCGUGAACAACUCGCCUAACAUGUCGCCCAAUUUGCCGCAGGCGCACAACUUGCACCCCGACAGCGUUUAUAACAUGGAGGACAGGAAGCCCCCGCAGCCCAUCGGUACGGGGAGGAAGGCGUACAGCAACCCGAUCGAGAAUUGGAGGUUGAACGAUAAGCCGGAUAAGUGGUCGCUCGGCGGAAAUAACGCCGACUUCUCCAUACGCAAUCCCCAGAUGUACGGGGAGGACCUACCGCCGAUGGACUACUCGCGUCAGAUGCCCGCAUUGGAUACGUCCCAUUUCAUCAACGGGCCUCCGUAUUUCAAUCACCAGCCUCCGCUGAAUACAGUAAGGCAUGAUUUCAUGCAGGAUAACUUGAAGUUGGAUCUUUCCUGGGACAACGCCGCAAGGCCAAUACCGGAACUUCAAGACAAGCAGCAUGGGUGGACCAACAAGUGGAAUCAGUAAUCAUAAUGAACACAUGAACUAUAAGCGUAUUUUAAUUAAGUCCAAAAAAUCGUGCGAAAAUUAGCUUCUCUCUUUGUGAUUUUUGGAAUACAAGUUUUUGCAGUAGAGUCUAGGUCUAGUUUUUUUGUUAAUGGUAUAAAGUAUUUGAUCGUAUCGGCCCUUUAUACAGGUCAUGUUUCUGGCAAGUGUUUAUAUAGUCUUCACCUCUGCCCCUUUUGACGCAUUUGGUGUAUAUAAAGAAAAAAAAAAAAAUUAUUCAGACCCAUUUAUUGUAGUUGAUUGCAUGUUGAUUUUGUUUUAUAACCGCUUAUAGUUUAAAGACUAUUUUAUGAUCGUUAUUUUGUAGCAGGAGGAAAUCUUCAAUUGUGGAAAAACGGCCGCUGGGGGGUGGGGGCCCGCCCGCUCCCCCCUUCCCAGUCCGGGAGUUAUAGACAUAAUAAUUAUAAAAUAUACUAAACAUAUGUAAAAUGUAGUAGUUGCGCAAAAAAGGUUAUGAGGGAUUGGCGAUUAAGGGACAAGUAUAUACUUGUGAUUCUUUGUUCUCUAAUCGAAUAUAUAUUUUCUUUCCUACAUGUUUAAGUGCAGUGUUUGUUUGCCACUGAUGAAAUGUUGCGCCUGGCACGACAAGCACUUGUGGGGACAGGCCGUCUCUGCUAAAUUGUAGGAUUAUUAUUAUACGGAAUAUUAUGUAAUAUUUGCUUGUACAUGAAGACUUAAAUAUAUCUUUAUGCACUGUA